CGGUCCACAAACACGAUUGUUCAUAAUUGUCUGUGAGGUGGAGAAACGAGCAGGUGCCCUAAACAAUUUACUCGUCUCUGAGCAGCAACAGCAAGGAUCAGCAUGGCAUCCCAGGGCCUUCAGAUCAUGGGUGUCCUUCUAGCCUUGGUCGGCUGGCUGGGCACCAUCAUCACCUGCGCCAUGCCAAUGUGGAGAGUCACUGCCUUCGUAGGAGCCAACAUAGUCACCGCCCAGGUGAUCUGGGAAGGUCUGUGGAUGAACUGUGUGGUCCAGAGCACAGGCCAGAUGCAGUGUAAGAUAUACGACUCCAUGUUGGCCCUGCCUCAGGACCUUCAGGCAGCCAGAGCCAUGGUUAUCAUCUCAGUGAUGGUUGGAGUGUUUGGAGUCUUGAUGGCUAUCGCCGGAGGGAAGUGCACCAAUUGUAUAGAGGACGAGAGCACCAAAGCCAAAGCCUGUAUUGUCUCCGGGGUCAUCUUCAUCAUCGGUGCUUUCCUCAUCAUCAUCCCCGUGUCAUGGUCUGCCCACGCGGUCAUUCGAGACUUCUACAACCCUUUGUUGAUAGAGGCUCAGAGGAGAGAGCUGGGCGCAGCGCUCUAUAUAGGGUGGGGGUCCGCAGAACUCCUGCUGCUGGGAGGGGGGCUGCUAUGCCAGACCUGCCCCCCCAAGGAAAACCAAACAUACGGAGGAACCAAAUUUGCCCCGGUUAGAGCAGCCUCCUUUCCCAUGAACUAUGUUUGAGUGAGUCUAUAUGGAUUACAGAUCCUGGCAUGUUCAAUGUAAUCUGUGGAGAGGUACAUGUACUAACUGCACUGCUCAUAAAGUUCUUCUCAAAGUGCACAACAGUAUUUGAUGUGCCACUCAUUGAUUAAUAGUGGGGGAUGUUGUAGAUUUGCAGUUAAUGAUUUGACUGUUCCAACUGUUCCAACCCAUGAAAUGCAUUGUUUGACAAAUAGGAUGUGACUUAUGAAAUAUACCAACUAACCCAAAUAUAUGCUCUUAAAUAAUCACACUUUCGAUUAAAACAAUUAGGGUUUUCUCAAAUUUACUGUGAAAAAUA